AUGGCCGAACUAUUCGACAAGGCACCCGAGCUGCCCCCACCAUUCGUAAAUGUAACAGGCAUCGCCAACUUCCGCGACAUUGGCGGCUACAGCACCACCGACAAGCACUCAAUCCGCCGAGGUCUCGUCUUCCGCGCCGCCGACCCGAGCAAAGUGCAACCAGAAGGACUCGCCAAACUGAAAGAGCUAGGAGUGAAGAAGGUAUUCGAUCUCCGCAGUAUACCCGAAAUCCACAAGCAAGGUCCGGAAUGGCAGGGUGUUGAAGUUGAGAAGGAGGUGUUCACCACCAAGCCCGAAGGUAGUGAUGAAGCCGUCCCUGAAGGGGAAAUUGAAAGGAUAUGGUGUCCGGUAUUCCGAAACACGGAUUAUGGUCCCGAUCAGGUCGCCAUCAGGUUUCAGAAUUAUGCUAAGAAGGGGAGCGAGGGAUUCGUAAAAGCAUACGCAGAUAUCAUGGCGAAUGGCCCUACUGCAUACAGAACCAUUCUCACCCACCUCGCUCAACCUAACCCUUCGCCCUGUAUAAUCCACUGCACAGCAGGCAAAGACCGCACCGGCGUCAUCUGCGCGAUCCUGUACCUCCUCUGCUCCGUCCCCGCCACCACGGUAGCAAAAGAAUACUCCCUCACCGACACCGGACUACAGCAUUUAGUCCCUCUAUUCACAGAACGCCUGCUCAAGAACCCGGCAUUAGUUGGCAAUGAGGAGGGAGUGAAGAAUAUGAUUUCCGCACAGCCGGAGAAGAUGGCUGCGACUAUCGAAAUGAUGAAGGAGGUUUAUGGUGGCGCGGAGGGGUAUGUGAGGGAGGUUGUUGGAUUGAGUGGGGAGCAAAUUGAGCAGAUCAGGAAGAAUUUUUUGAGUGAUGAGGAGGCUGUUUUCUGA